CCGUCCGCUCCCGGCGUGCCGCGCGCGGCGGGGCCGCGCUCGGGGCCUGGCGGCGUCAUGGCGGCCGCCGUGCCUCCGGCCCCCGGCCCGGACAUGUUCGAGGAGAUCGUGAUGGCCGAGCACAGGUUUCACGGCGAGGGGUAUCAGGAGGGCUACGCCGAAGGCUGUCACGUUGGAGCUGCCGAGGGAAGGAGGUAUGGAUCGCUCCACGGUGCCAAGAUGGGGUCCGAGAUUGGCAGCUACCUUGGCUUCGCACUGACCUGGCAGUGUCUGCUCUGCAAAUGCACAGAUGAAAAGAACAGUAAAAAGAUAAAGGCUCUGGAUUCGUUAAUAGGAAUGAUUCAGAAGUUCCCGUAUGAAGACCCCACUUACGAAAAGCUUCAAGAAGAUCUGGAAAAAAUCAGAGGAAAAUUUAAACAGCUUUGAUGCACAUAGUGCCAGAGCCAUCUAGUGGAGGAGGUUUUUAUAGUGCGUAAAAACGGCCUGUAAGUAAUGCUUCUUGUAAUAGUUCACAAAUAUUUAUAUAGAUGAAGUUGCUCAAGUAGAGUACAGAACAUAUCCAUGCAUGAUACAACUCUUCUAAUGACGUGGUGAAUAUCUUUGAAAUAAAGUAGUAUUGAGGUAGGAUUUACUUGUAGCCUGUUUCUUCAUUUGGGACUUUGGAAGUGACAUGACAGCAUUGAUGGUCUCUUCAUUUACGGUAGUUUAAGUACAACUUUUAAUUCGUACGCAACUUAAAACUACUGGGCAACCAGAGCAAGCUCAAAAGUGCAAGUACUUGAAACUUAAGUGGAAGCACAAAAGAAUAGCAUACCCUGUAAUCUCUGUAAAAUAAAUAGACACAAAACAAAAAGAUCAUAUACUAGGGAAAUGUAAUUUGACUUCAUAAUCACUUAAGAGAAAACCAGAUUUGAAAAAGUUGUCUCAGGAUCCACAACAUAAUUUAUUUUUGCAAAUCAAAGUAUUUUACCUGUUUACUUUAAGGCAAUGAAGUGGUACUGCUUAUUCGUUUGUGAUUGACUCAAGAUGUUUUUUGCUUAAAACAUAAUUCAGAGAUUUCAAUAGAGAUCCCCCUGCAAGCUGGUUCUUGGUCUCAAAAAGGCACUUUUGAUAUUCUUCUCAGUGUACAAAGACAAGUAAACACUGGAGGUCUAAGUAUUCAAAUUUUAUAAUGUGGCCUUUUUUGGAAUCUUUGUACAUGAUUUGCACAAAUUAUGGAAAAACAAGGUAGAGAUGUGAGAGUUCAAAGUCAGUGAAGCAUUUGAUUACUAGAAAUGUAUGAUAUGUAAGUCAUAUGCAAAACGCCACUCUAGAGAUUGUAUGAUAUACAAAAUUAUUCUUGUUAUCUUAAGGAUUAAAAGGAUCUUUGCAGACCAAACAGAUAAUUACUUACUUUGAAAAUUGUUUUGGUGGCUAAAUUUCUACUAUUGGUUUACUAUUUCAUAUAUUUAAACAUUAAUUUGGUUUGAAAAGUUGUAACGUAAACAUAAAAAUAUAUAUUUAACCAUAAAGAUUAACCAUAAGGAUUUCAAACUGGGAUAUGACAUCUUUAGGGUUGCCUACUAGGCCUUUCCUUUAGCUACUUAUGUGUGUUCAUGCUAAUGCAAUCUCUUAUUCCAAACACAUCUGUAUUUUUCUGAAUAUCUUUUUUCUCAAGUCUUGUAUGGGCAUGAUGGUGUGUAUUAAAUGAGCCACAGUUAAAAAUUCUGUUGGAUAUGUAAUCAUGUACUUUCUUAAGUGCAAAGUUUUAAAAAUAUUUUUGCAACAGAUUUGUGGGGUUUUCUGUGAUGUUUAGAACUGUAACAGCAAACCACAGAGGGUUUUUUAUGCCGUACUUACAGCUAAGGAGCUAAAGCCCAGAUUACAUCAGGAAUAUUGGUUUGCCUUAACCAGUGGGACUCCUUGCAAAUAAUUUUGUGUUCUAAGUGCUUGAAUACUUCAGAAUGUGCUACUAGUUAACACUGAGUGGCUAUUUACAUGUUUGUAUUCUUGGCUGUUCCUCAGGGGAGUUACCUGGAAGAUGAGGAGUAUAAGAGUUAGCAAACACCUGUGAAAGAAAGGCAUGUGCUUAACCAAACUACAAUGCUACUGAAAAAAAUUUGAAAUCAAAAUUUGGCAAAACCACUGUUCAAAGGAUUAUUCAGUUUUGUGAGUCAUAAGCAUAUGUUUUCUCUUUUCAUGCCCUUGCUGUUUUGUUAACACCUUCCUGAAAUCUGGAACAAAUUAAAAAAAUACAUAUAAAUGGCUUCAUUAAUGCCACAUCCUGGUUACUCAUCCUGUCAGGACUCUGGUGGAAGCAACUACUAAAUUGUAAUUAAAAACUAUCGGAAGAUCUGUGUAUGGAGAGGCUGAAUAAAACUGCUGUGGGACAUGGUCAUUCAGACGUUUCCUGGUCUGAAUGCUUGAUUGUAUAACUUGCAUAUUGCUUUUUGUUCUGGGAGGGAAAGAUGUGGAAAAAAUGCAAUCGUGUAGAUUAUAAUAUUGGUUAUUAAUAAAGUAGGACAUGGAGAUUGUGGCUAUGUGCUGUAUGGUCAAACAGGUUUAACUUUUUCUGGAGGUACUUGAUCUGAUAAAAACAGUUAAGAUGGAAAAUUUCUGCCAAAAUUAUUGAAGUUACUAUGUCUUUAAAAUAUAUUAAAAUAUAUUGCUGUAUUUACCACCUCUAGUUAUGCUCAGUAGUUAUAGUUAGGGAGGAAUGCUUGAAACAUUUAACUCUCAAAUUUCUGACUUGUCUGGACUGUGUUCUAGCUUGUUUUGUUUCUUCAUGACAUUCUCUCAGCUCAAGCUGUUGAUCAUAGGUUUCCAUUAAAAAAUGGAUGCAAAGCUAACUAUUGCUAAUGUACUGAAGUCGUUUCAGUCCAGAAGACUUGCAGUUUUCAUUUCCAUGUUACGUGAUGAGUACAAGAGAUAGUGAGUUUUGAGGCAUCAGUGGGAAGGUAAGCUCUGACUACAGAGAAUUAAUUCCCUGUGGAAUUCCAUGCUGAUUUCAGUGCUGUCUUACAGCAGUGGGGUCAUCAGCUGGUAAUAACCAAAUCAACCAUUACUAGCAUGUGUAAAUCUGACUUUGUACAUUAUCUGUGUCAUUGUACUACGUGAGUACAGUAAAGGCCUCUUUACUGAGGCUGCGUUUCUACAGACAGAUUUUUAGAAUGGAUAUAGAGAAGGAGAACAAAAAAUAGGAUGGUGAUUAAAGUCUCCAAGUUAAAUUCAUUAUUGUAACACUCACUCAUUCAUUAAGUAGGCAUGCUUUCUUUCCAUUUGUCAUGAGCUGUAAUAUGAAUGGGAUCGAUUUCAGCUCUGAAGAUAUGUCUCUAAUGAACAGAAAUGCGUGAAAUCAGAAAAAAAAAAUACAUAUAUAUCUGUAUACGCAAUUUCUCACUGAGAAAUCAGCCUUGUAGGAUCCUAUUAUGUUUUCCUGGUUACGAUAAAUUACAUCUGGAUUUGUAAGGAAAGUCUGACUUCCCAGUUUGGCAUAUCUUGUUUGGUUAUGGUUAUGAUCUGAUUGCUAUUGACGUAUGAAGUAUAUAAGCAAUAGUGUGUUCUAGUCUGUGCAUAGAACCUGUGCAAACUCACGUUGCCAGCUUUCUGGAUAUAUGACAUCUAGAGGAGAGAAAAUAGAGGCUGGUUUAAAAACUGUUCAGUCACAAAAUCAUAGAAUUGCUCAGGUUGGAAGGGACCUUAAAGACCAUCCAAUUCCAUCCUCCCUACCAUGGGCUUUCUUAAACAAGUUCUGCAGUGAUAGCAGUGUGAAGCACUAAAUAUUUUUGACAAAGUGUUGGUGUUCUUAAUGAUCUUAGGCAUAUAGUUUGAAAUCUGCUGAAAUACUAGAAUUAUCUGAAGUGAAUCUGGAUUAUAAUCUUUACUUCUGAGGGCACUCCAGAGAAGGUUGUAAAAAGCUGAACCAGGCAGGUAGAAUGACGUGUGUGAUACAUCUCAUCACGACCUUCUUAAAGAGAAACACUUUGGUUUAUUAUAAAAGGUUUAAUAUUUAUUAUAAUGUUACAAUUCUGCAUAUUCUUGGUGCUUCCCAGCAUGAAUUUUGGUGCCUUUUGAUUACUGCGCUUUGCAACUUCUCAUGGCUAUGGGUUCUGGUCUAAUUACAGCCUAAAACUUCAGCUUUCAUAGUUUGACAAGUAACCGCAAAGAUUCUCAUUUUACAGUCUGCCAGAGGUUUUUUGUUUGUUUUUAAGUGGACAAAGUUAUGACAGUACGCUUUACCGCAGAAAUGUAUAUAUCACCAGAGAGAAUCUGGGAGUUCUGUGGCAGGUUUCCAGUUGGAAGUUUUGGUAUCCAGGAUCGACAUAUAAAGGCUAAUUGGAGCAAUCUGGUACUGAGGCACUUCACUGUCCUUAGUUCAUCUGGAACUAACUUGAGUAUCUCUUUGGCUUCACACUGGAUAUUCCUCCUUAAUCACAGGAGUGUUCACUUCUGAAGUGUAACCAUUAUAUUCUUGCAGCAUUCUUCAUCCUAAGAUUCUGUACUUUGCAACUCUUGAGUAGCACAUAGCUCUGCCAAAUGAGGUAGUACUCUGCAAACGGAAACAUGGUCAUUCAGCGCACCUGAACAUAGCGAACAUACAAGGCUUUGGAAAUCUUCAUUAAUACAAAGUAGUGCCCGUUCACUCUCAUAUGAAAUAUAUGAAAGCCGUAGUGUCAGUUGAUUUAUUUUUGUUUAUAUUUUUAAUUGUUCUAUUAUAUUUCAUAUACAUAAGUAAUUAACCAGUUCCACAAUUCUGUGUGUCUGUUUUUUAGCAUGACAAAAUUGCCUGCAGAAGAUUCCUGAAUAAGUACAAGAAAUAGCAUAUAGCUUUUGUACUGAAACAUUAGAAAGUUUGAUUGUAGUGUAGAAUUUGUAUGGAUGGCAUCUAGAAUAGUAGUGUACUGUCAGAAAGAAAUAAAGUGCUUUUAGUUUAUAAUAAAAUUACGGAGUUUACUUUUAACAAAAGUCCUGUUUAGGCAGGAAGAAGAUUGCUUAUUCAGUUUUUGCAUCUCAGCUCUGCACUAAGCAGAAUCAACAUCAGUAUUUGUCUUUUUUCUUUUUGAUUGUUUAGCAGCAUAUUUUGCUGCUUUAUCUCCAUGUAAUACGUAGUUACAAUUUGUAACCUUCAGCAUCUUCAGGAUUCUGUGGAAUAAUCAACAAGGCAUGCAAUCUUUCUUGAUUAUAGGAACUGUGAGUCAGCAACCCUUUAAUUUUUUUAGUUGCAGCUAUUGUUCCAGCAGCAAGCUUUACUGCUAUUGUCCACUGUUUGUCCAGCUCACGUUUACUGGACUGUGGGAACGGAUUAGGGUUUCAUGCCUUUUUUUUUCCUUCUUGCAUAAACUCUUGAUCAAAGACAUUCCUUGGAUGACAAAACACUGUAUACUGUGUCACACAGUCCUGACCAGACUGCACGAACAGUAGUUUAAAAACACAUGCCUACAUUGUUCUCUAAACUAGCUUUUUUUUUUCUGUAGCGUAUGUGCAGACACUGAAUUUUUGAGACCCACAUUUACCUUUAAAAAAACCACAUAGAUAAGUUACUGUUAAUAAGCACUUGUUAGUUUCUGAAAUACAAGUGAAAAUGAAUGAAUAUUAGAAACUAAAAAUCAAUAUAAUACUACACUAUUUUUAUGGGAGAGCUAGAGGUUGUAUUUGCAGUGUAUUUUCUUCUUGACACCUUGAUUGUGGUGCAGUUAGUCAAGCACAUUGUCAUCCUAAAACCAUGUGGACUUCAAGCAUCAUUUUGUGUCAUAUCCAGGACAGCUGAGUAAGAUGAAGAAUGAUUUGAGCACAAUUUGGGAAUGCAUAAACCAGUUUCACUGUAGGUACACUGCCGGAACUGUAUGUUGAGGGUGUGGCCCAUUAUAUUUGUAUGUCAUGCUUAAGUUCUCUUAUGCAGUAAGAUGAGGACAAGCUUUGCAAAAAAUCCAGUAGCAUCAAUUAGUUUGAGAAAUAAUGAGAGAGAAACAAAUAACGUUAGAGAAAAAUCUGGAGAGAGAUUUUCAGUGAGCUUUUCUUGUGAUUUGCCUAAUGAUGCUCCCUUGGCAGAAUCAUGGGAGAAGUGGCAAGAGCCCCCUGAAUACACCUGAAGCAUGUUUACAGAGGGGUUUAAAAACAUGGAGGACUAUAUUUAGAAGUUCAGAAAACUGUUUGAAGAUGAGAGAACACUUGUGUUCCCACAGGCAUGCAAGAGUUGGCAUAUACUUGCUUGACUCUACAACUCUGUUGAGCAUUAUCAUGCAGGAAUGAAGGCAGGUGAAUAGUUUCACUUAUAUUAGAAAGAUAUUGUAAGGGAGGAAUCUUUUUGAUCCUUCACAGUCCAAGGGCUGCCAUGAAAAGAGAAACCAGAAUUAAUACGUGGCUGGUAAAUACAUUGCCUAAAAGGAACAAAGUGAUCCUACUUAAUGACUGAAACAGCUGCAGGUAUAUUAAGUUGAAAACAUGAAAUAAAUGUAGUAGGUUAAUUAGAAAUAAUAUUUACUUUUGAGUAAAAAGCUGUUGAUUCCUUCUGGAAAACUUAAAGAUGUUACGCCUGUGCACGUAGAAAGAACAUACCUAUAAUGAGUAGCAUAAAUUUGCUGAAGAGCCAGUCUCCAGCAGUUAACGUAGCCAGCAACCGAAUGUAAAGAACUGUGGCCUGUAUGUGUUCAAGGAGCAAAAAAGCUGUUCAAAAAUAAUACCAUGUCUUCAAACAAUCUUUAGUGAUAAAAUCUAAUAAAAGGAGAAAUAAAACAUCAAAAUGCUCAAUUGUCUGUUUCAGACAGUUUACCGUCAGAGCUGUGACUUAGGACACUAGGUCACUUGUGUGGCGCUGGCUCGGGCGAGUUGUCGUAAUGCUCUGGUGGUGACUUAGUGGCCUAUGUUAAAUGAUUUGCCCAUCUCAGCCCAGCUUCUUGAAGACUGAUGCUAAUAUUGCAAGCGACAUCCUCACAGGCCACGGUGACUUGUCAGCUGUCAUAGAGGCCGAGCAGCGGUGUACAGCCUUCGGGUGGAUUCAGGCAAGUGUCACAGGGCAGUCAGGUGGGAUGGGAGAAAUAACAAAGCCAGAGCACUCAGCAAGAUACAACCCAAGAUUUAGUUGCUUAGGUUGGGAAUGGUGAGUAGAUGGCGAUUCUGUUCUGUGAUACGCACGCACCCUGCGUACAAAUCCAAGCCCUUGGCCUUUACCACAUGGGCCCAGGGGAAGACGACUCCUGCCCUGACCAGUCAGCAUGGCAGGUCCUGGCUUGCAGGUUGGCCCACGCGUGGGGUAGCUCCACCUUUGGUUCUGCUUUCUCGGUGAUGUUAGAUAUCUGCGUGUGGAGCCCUCUGCAGCCCCAAGGGGUGUCCCUCUUAACCAGUUGUUUCUUCCUGUGUUUGAUUGUC